GUAAAUUCCCUCUUUAUAACAUCCGAAAGUAAAUUAUCAUCGUCUUCCUAAAUCAAACCCACAGAGUUUCCAGCUAUCAUCGAUUCUUAUCUCUUCGCACCUUCGACCUCGAUUUCUUCCAGUUCAGUCCUUUUCCAUCCGGUCUGGUACCAAACGCUGCUUAAAAGCAGAAAAUAGGAGCCAACGCCAGAUCAAAACAAAAGGGAAUCGCAACGGCAGUCGUGGUGGCUUAUCCUCGGAGCAGCUGGUGAUCAUCUGCUCGAUUUAUUCGUCCUGCAGGCGCACUAGUAGUUUGCUUGAGACGCAACCGGCCCUCAUAUGGGAUCGUUGCAAGAAAGUUUGAAUAGGUUCAAGAAGCAACAGGAGAAAUGCCAGUCGACACUUAAAAGCAUUGCAGGUUCUAAAACAACCACUAAGACAACCGCUCCUCCUCCUAGAGCUGUGCCUGCAAGCACCUUGGCAAAGUCGCCUCUUCCUGCUGUCAAAUUCUCCAAUGACACAGAGAGGCUGCAACAUAUUAAUAAUAUAAGGAAGAGCCCUGUAGGAGCCCAGAUCAAAAGAGUGAUUGAUCUACUGUUUGAGUCAAGGCAAUCCUUUACAGCGGAGCAGAUAAAUGAAGCAUGUUAUGUUGAUGUCAAAGGCAACAAGGCCGUGUUUGAGAGUUUGGCAAAGAACCCUAAAGUGAAUUAUGAGGGGAAGCGCUUCUCGUACAAGUCCAAGCAUAAUGUGAGAGACCAGAAAGAACUUCUCCGUUUAAUACGAACAUUUGCAGAGGGUAUUGCUGUUGCUGAUCUUAAGGAUGCCUACCCGACAGUCAUGGAAGAUUUACAGGCCCUGAAAGCUGCUCGUCAGAUCUGGCUUCUAUCGAAUUUCGACUCUCAGGAAGAUAUUGCGUAUCCUAAUGAUCCUCGAGUGCCCAUCAAGGUUGAUGAUGAACUGAAAGGGCUAUUCAGGGCAAUUGAAUUGCCACGAGACAUGCUGGAUAUCGAGCGGGAGUUGCAAAAGAACGGGAUGAAGCCAGCCACAAACACGGCUAAAAGGAGAGUAGCUGCUCAGAACUUUGGCAUAUUAACUAAACCAAAACAGAAGAAGAAGAAGACUGAGAUCAGUAAGAGGACAAAGCUCACCAAUGCUCAUCUUCCCGAGCUUUUCCGGAACCUUAAUGGCUGACUUCACUUGGCUUGGUACGUCUGGAAACUGAGAAUAUAUAUAUAUGAGAACUGUUUACGAUCAUAUUUUGUAUUUUGCAUUGCGAUUUCAUCUUUUUCGAUCAAAAUGAAAUGGUUAUCGAGUGUGGACUUUUCGUUCAUCGACUUGGAUGAUUAUUGAUUACGGAGAAGCGUAUUCAAAGUAGCCGAUUAUAAAUAUGAUCCCCAUUUGGCA